AUGAUGGAAAGGUCUACACCCAAUAUAAGCUAUCAGGCUUGGAGAAGAGAUCCUAAGACUGGACCACCUCAGUAUAGGAGUCGAACUGUGUAUGAAGAUACCAGUCCGGAAAUGGUGAGGGAUUUCUUCUGGGAUGAAGAAUUUAGAUUAAAAUGGGUAGACUUCUUGCUUGUUUUUUUUUUUUAUUUGAUGAUUUUUGACAGAGAGUACAUAAUAGGCCGACGGAUUUGGGAGUCUGGACGAACUUAUUAUUGCGUAACAAAGCCGAAUCAAAGAGAGACGGCCAGCCAACUGCAUGCGAAGUUGUUCUCGGUAUUCGCCAUGGCCCAAAUCAACUCCAAAUUUAGUGCCUCUGGCGAUGAUUCUCUGGAAUUGGAGGAGAGCCCGAGCAAGGUUUGGACAAUAAGUCGCCACCUGGCAGAGGUGGCUUUCCUAAGAUGCUCGUUUUGGGUGGGGCCCUUGCACUUGCUUGCACUCUUGAUCGAGGGCUCUUGA